GCUGUGUGUUGUCGAGACGCAUGAAGACGUGUAGGCCUAUAGAGUCUAACAGUUAAAAAAAGUUCUGCUUAUUUUGAUAAUGGACACACUGGUUUAAUAAUUGAGACCAUUCCCAUCUCUCAAAAUGGCAUCCGAUCCAGAGAGCGAUCUGCACAAACUUGAAGAUUCUCCUACACAAAAGAAGAUUGACCAGUGGAUCAAAGAUGGUAUUGACUUAGUGUGUCUAAUUGACAAUGGUGAGAUAAGAGAUGCAGUUGGUGUAAGAAAAUAUCUUGCUUUGUCAAACAAUCCCAUUGACAAAAGGAAUGAUACAGGACAAACACCAUUGAUGGUUGCAUGCAGAAAAAGAAAGAAGGAUGUUGUUAGUUUUGUGUUGGGAGCUGGGGCUGACCCUAACCUGACUUGCAGUGUUAACGGUAGUACUGCACUUCAUUAUGCCUGCCAAGGGGAGGGAAGUGUAAUGUUGCGAUGUAGAGAGGAACCAAGUUACCCUCAAGACGAGCUCCGUGACAUCAUCAAUAUUGUGAAAGUACUUGCAAGUUAUGGCGCUGUUCUGCAGGUAAAUUACAAGGGAUUGAGUCCAGUUUAUAUUGCAGCUUUGAAUAGUUUCAAAGAUGUUGUGGAUUUCUUCGUAUCAAGCAAUAUGCUAACGGUGCCAAUGAGUGUCAAGGUUAAAGCAUAUGAACUGUUGGGAGCUUCGCAGGCAGUCUUUGAUAAGCACCAUACUAUGGAUGCCUGUAAAUCAUUUCAUCUAGCUGCAUCUUUUCAUUCUUCUGAGGAUAGCAAUGUAACACCUUGCCAUGUCACCUCUGAUCUUGAUGCCUGGUUUGUAAAUUUGAUGGACAAAAAGAAUCCAAGUGACUCUGAAAUGUCUGAGGUCAAAGUGAAAGCCUUGUCCAUUGCUGUUAAAAGCUUACCAAACAAGGCCCUUGACGACUUCUGGGAUGAUUCAACCAGUCUUGCCGCAGAUGACUUAUUUAAUGGAAAGGCUGUUGAGAAAGGAUAUGAACUGUUUGCUGCACUCAUAAAAGCUGAAAUGAAGCAUGAGAGUCUCUCUGGCUCUGUCAUGGAGAUAAUGGAUGAGGAGGGUACAUCAACGCUCUAUCAGGAUUCACCAAAGUUACACAUGCCUUUUAUUCCUAAACUGUUGGAGGAUUAUGCUGAUGCUUAUAGAAUCAGCAAUACCCAGCCCCCAUACAAGAGCAUUGAACAUAUGGGGAAUAUGAUAUUCAACAUUGCAUAUUACUUGUCUGAAUCCAAAUACCUAAUGGAAUGCCUUCCGUUCAUUGGCCACAUAGUUAACAUGAAGAGGAAAGAUGUGCAAGGAAAUGACGGGGAUGAACGGAAAUCAAUUUUGCAUGUCUUCUUUGAACGGAUGGCAGAUGCUAUGUGGGAGGAUGUGUACAGCUGGCAAAGCAAACAAACAAGAAAUAGAUUGAAGUUUACCAUUUGUAGGCUCCUCCACUACAAUGGUCUGGACAGAGACUUGGACAAAUCCCUCUUGGAAACACUAUUUGAGGUUGCUCCUGUUGCUCGUGAUAUGGAUUUUAUUGUGUCAGUUGCACAAGUAUUGAUACGGUAUGGGUGCCCUACUGAGGAUGGUUGCCUUGUCCUUGGUGAUAUUGAGGAUGAUGACCAAGUGUUGUCAGAGUUAUUAGAACCUACAAAACCAAUCCCUCUAGAGGAACUAGCUGCCAGAGCAAUACUCAACAAUAGGAUACCAUACAGAAAGAUGCUUCCUGAUGUCUUGUGUGAAAAAAUAGAGGGUGAAAAGCUGUUCCCUGAUCCGUCUGAUUUGAAUUCAUCAACUGAAUCAGACAAUGACUGAAACCAUAAAUUCCUGUUUCAUUCUAGAUGAGUUCUUGAUGCAUGGAGAUUCUUGAGGCAUUUGGUCCGAGAUCCAUACUGAUAUCCUGAUGGCAUCAGAGUCAGAAAACAAUUGUCAAGAAGUUGGGGAUCCUCCUUGCCAGAAGGAGAAGAUUGAUCAGUGGGUCAAAGAUGGUGUUGAUUUGGUUUCUCUGAUGCAUGAAGGGAAGGUGAGCUACGCGGAUGAUGUGAGACAAUACCUCGCCCUUUCAAACAAUCCCGCUUGUGUGGAUAAACCAAAUGGAGUAGGACAAACACCAUUGAUGAUUGCCUGCAGGAAUAGACAGAAAGACAUUGCUAAUCUCUUAUUGGAAGCUGGAGCUGACCCUAACCUGACUUGCACUUAUUAUGGUUGCACUGCACUUCAUUAUGCCUGCGAAGGGGAGAAAAGUCUAAUAAUACAGUGUAGAGAGGAACCAAACUACCCUCAACGUGAGCUCGGUGACAUCUUAGAGAUUGUGGAAGCACUUGGCAAUCAGGGCGCAGUUCUAAAGAUGAAUGAUAAGGGGUUGAGUCCAGUUUGUGUUGCAGCUUUGAACAGUUUCAAAGAUGUUGUGGAUUACUUUGCUUCCAGCUCUGUUAUUUCAAUGCCUGUUGAUGUCAAGGUUAAAGCAUAUGAACUGUUGGGAGUUUCGCAGGCAGUCUUUGAUAAGCACCAUACUAUGGAUGCGUGUAAGUCAUUUCAUCUAGCUGCAUCGUUUUGUUCUUCUGAGGAUAGCAACGUAACACCUUGCCAUGUCACCCCUGAUCUUGAUGCCUGGUUUGUUAAUUUGAAGGACACAGAGAAUCCAAGUGACAAUGAUAUGUUUGUGGUCAAAGCAAAAGCCAUCGUCAUUGGUUUGCAUUGUCUUUCUGAUGAAACCAGAAAUGAACAUGACUUCUACGACACCUUGGCUGAAUACGGUCAGCUAGCAUUGUUUGAAGGCAAAGCUCCACAAGAAGGAUAUGAGAUGCUUCGAGACCAUAUACACGGAGAGAUGACGGAUGAAUACACAACAAUAGGGACAGUGAUGGAGAUGAUCAGGGAUGCAUUAGAACCUGCUCUAUGUACCCGUCGUGGUGAAUCUUCAAUGUUAAAACAUAUCAUCAAACUGUUGGAUACCUAUGCUGAAGAAGUUGAUGCAGAUAGCAGUGAGCAGCUAGAUGUGUGGGAAGUAGUUGAGGUUCUUGGCAAUGUGAUGUUUGGGUUUACAUAUUAUCACUCUCAGACAAAAUACCUAGAGUCCAGUUUUCCAUCUGUGGUACGUGCUUUCAACUGUCUCAAAAAAAUUGCUACAGUUUAUGAUGCAGAGAUGGAGAAGUCAAUUCUGGCAGUCUUUAUGGAUAAGUUGGCUCAAACAAUGUGGGAAGAUAUGUACUGUGGCCAGAGCAACGAGACAAAGAAACGCUUGAAGUAUACUAUCUGUCGACUCCUCCACUACAUUGGCUUUGAUCCAGACACAGAUACCUUCUUGUUAGACACCUUCCUUCAAGUUUUCCGUGUUGCUUAUGAUACAGAGUGGAUACUCUCCAUUGCUCAUGUGUUGAUCCGUUAUGGUUGUGACACUUCAAGCGUUACGCUCGUGGAUGUGGAUGAAGAUGAUGAAGAUAUGCCACUACUGAAGGAACUCUUAAGUCCAUCCACUAGUCCUCUCACACUUGAGGAGCUUUCUGCUCGGGCAUUACUCUGCUAUAGGAUACCAUACAGAGAGAGACUUCCUGAUAUCCUGUGUGAGAAAAUAGAAGGAGAAAAGCUGCAUCCAGAUCGUUCUGAAUUGUACUCUUCACCAGAAAAUUCUGAUUCAGAUUAAAAUAGGAUUCAUGUCAAGUUGAUUUGAUAGGAAAAUUCAUCGAAAUUUCAAGAUAACUUGACUACUCACUAUAGUGUCUGGCUAGCACAAGUUUUGUUGAACCAUACAAUAUGUGGGUUACAUGUUUGUAAAUAAUUUCAUUUUUUUUUAGUUUGUACACAUGUGCAUGUACUAUACAAUAUUGCACACUUUACUGCAGGGGCUUCAGGUCUGUUGUCUGGUAUGCAGAAUAUUUAUUCAUAGAUGUUGUAUCACCUUGUUUAUAUUUUUGUACAAAACUUUUUAUAGUGAAUGAUUCCAGCUGAUGGGUAGAUCUUAUGAGCAAACAGAUCAAUCUUUAGAAUCUUCAUGUAUUUCUGGAGAUAAUGUGAAAGAGAGUAAGAGACAAACAUUACAUUUGCUUGGGAAGUCUUAAUGUCACAUUUCAAUCAAGCAUCCAAUCCCUCUUGUUUGGUUUGACUGGUCACUUCAUAUUACUACAGCAUUUUUAACUUUAUUUUGAAUAAUAUUCAGCAAGUUGUUCACUUCUGUUUAAACAGUUGAAUCUUUCCCUUUGGAUAGAUUUUUUUAUAUACGUCUGUCUGUCCGUCCAUCCGUUAACUCUUUUAUAAUCGCAGUAACUUCAUUUUAAGUUAACCUAAGGUCCUAGGCUCAUAUAAUUUGGUGUGUAUGAUACUAGCAUGGAUACCAGGAAGCCCAUUGUUUUUGAGGUCAGAAGGUAAAAAGUGAAGUAGCCACCUUCCACUUUAUUUGCUUGACCAAUAACUCAAUUUUCCGCGUUACAGGCGGGUGUAUUAUGUGCUCACCUUAGUGAAAAGUUUUAAGUUCUCUGGCCCAAACUUGCAAAGUUGAGGGUUGUGUGAUGAAUUAUUGAUCAAUUGUGAUCACUUUUUCGUUUGAGAAAAUUUCAUGCGUUAUUAAAUUGAAAUGUAAUGCAUGAGUGAUCGUGAAUUGCAAUUUUUAGUGCAGCAUUUUUACUUUAUCAUGUGGAUCUCAGCAAUGUGUUUAUGAGAGUCAGAAAAAUCAUAAGAUAGGACUUAAGUAGGUGAAGUACAUUGGUGGGAUAAAGGUCAACAGAACGAUUAGCAACCCCUCCCCCACCUCUCUCCUCCUUAGAGACUAAACUUGGCUAGGCUUGGCAGGAAUUAGCCUUAGUUUUGUUUAUUGGUUCGUCAUUAGGAACUGGCAAAGCUAAGGGUGUUAUGCUAAAUACCGGUAAAUGAAUGAGAUAAGUUUGGGUUUCUUUGGCAAAUUGAUGAUGUUCAAA